UAAGGUCGAUGAAUCCGGUGGAUGCGAUACCGUGUACAGGUUGUCCAGUUUAAUCCAGUUUCUUGAAUUCUGCACAGUUCGGAUCAGGAGGAUGGUGUCCAACUUAGACCAGGAUCUCAACAAGGGAGCAGUGGAGAUCGAUUUUGAAGAUUUUCCGAUUGAUAUCGGUUGCGUUAAAGUGGAAGAUUUCGAUCCGGAAAGCGCCGCGAUUGAGCAGGACCAUUGUUAUGUCGGCGAGUCUUCAAAUGGUCCGAUAAAACUUGAAAUAACAGAUGGUGAUGGAAGUUCCGUGGAGGUGAACCCACCGGAAUCAGAGCAGCUAGAGUUCGUGGUAGUCGUUCCCCAUGAAGAUGACUCCAACGACGAAGAAUUACCCGAUGCCGACGAACAUACCGAUUCCGGUACCAACAACCUUGAGGAAGUCGCAUCCGGUGACAAACUUAGCGACAAACUCAGACGAGAGUACAAAACUAGAGGUCUCAGUUACACGACCAGAGCUGGACGAAUACUUCCGGCCCGCGCGGUCAGGCCAAACACCGGUGCCUGCUGCAAAUAUCAAUGCUUUACCCGAGUGCCGGACGAGGUGCGGCCGCAGCUACUGGAGAAUCUGCUACAACUGUCCCAAAGCGAUCAGCGAAAAUUUCUAAGCGACCACAUCUGCAGCAUGCCAUGUAAACGACCGCGGUCAAUUUCCGGACGGUUUCACAAUCAUUACUUCUUGCCCGUUGAAUCUCGACUGGUCAAAGUGUGCAUGACGAUGUUCAUGAACACGUACGAUCUGCAUCGGUCGGCAUUGCGCAACGUCAUCGCCAAAAAGAUCGGCGGCAAGCACGUGGUCUGUGGGAAUCCAAACUUUCCGGCACUGUUGAAAAAGGCCAUCAAGUUUCACUUCGAUUACGACGAGGGUUGUGGCGAAGCGGUGGCGGUAAAGCAGGUAGGCACGGAAAAAGAGUGCGAAUGCGAUCGUCAGUGCGAUACCAAAUUUUCGGUCAAGAUGAUUGAGCAGAUACGGAAAAGCUUUCGAAAAAUGUCCAAGGAACAGCAACGCAAUUUCCUCUCCAAGUAUAUCCAGGUUAUGGUCGACAACAGAAACAACCAGGAUAAGAACCCGCUUUACAAGGCCCUUUUCUCGCUUCCCCUCGGCGCAACUGCCGCGAAGGUAUGUCGAAAAAUGUUCCUGCAUACGUUCCAGCUUAAAUCGGGCCAAGUUCGGGCGCUGCUGAACGAACAUACCAAGAAUCCGGAUCUGCUGGUCGAAGUCGUGGAUCCGUUCGUGUUUGCCAAGGCACACAUCGCGGCGCAUCGGAUGGACGAGGACCAUCAUUGUGCGGUGAGCGGAGCUUUGGUGAAGCUUUCGCACUGUCCCAAUGUGGCACGGAUGUACAGUCAAUAUCUGGAGGGGUGCCAGGUGGGAGUGGAGCCGGUCGAUUUUCGGCAGUAUUAUGCCGAGUUUUGUAUAGCCUUUGCACAAACGGGACUGCUGCUGCCGACAAAGUGUCCCGAGUGUGGGUUCUUUGAACGGGGUGGUUGAGUUAUGGAGUGUAAUAAAUAAGAUCACGUUUAUGUCCUUUGAGCACA